AGAGGCUGCUGCCCGGCUCUGGCCACCUUUCCUCCUCUGCUCCUGCCUUGCGCUUUGGUGUCUCCCUCUCCACCCCUUUCCUGCCGCCAAGCUUCCAGCGGCGCAGUUCCAGCUCGGCGCUGCCAGACUGCCUACCUCCCCGCUCCGCUUGUUUGUCGUAGGGAGCUGCCUGUCGGAGCCCGAGCAUCUUGCCGGAGGGGGUUCGCUUGCGCCCAGCGCGCACGCUCGCCUCUCGGGCAUGCUCCUUAACAAGCGAGCCAGCCCAGCCUGCUGGGGACCGAGGCGCCGCGAAAGUUGCUCCAUGGCGCUAGGAGUCUUGCAAUAAGACGCGGCUGGGGAAGAGCGCGCCCAAGGCGCUGCUUUCGCCGCCAUCCAACCAACGCGCGCAGCCGGCCAGCCUUCCUGCCUCUCCGCGCUGCGAAGGGGGGCGGUGGGGAGGGGGGGGGAGAAGCAGCAGCCCCGAGGGAGGCUGGGUCCCUGGAGUCCGUGCAGAAUUGGCUCCGCCGCCUUGGCAGACGAGGAGGCACUUCGGAGCCCGAGCUGCCUUCGUCAGCCUGCAGCCGAGAAGGGAAGAUUGCAGCCCCAGCGACACCCACCAGCACCCGCCAGAAGAAGAGAAGGGGAAAGCUCCGGGGGAAGCCGAGGCGGCCGUCCCCGCCCUGUGCCAGCGCACCUCGAGCAAAGCCUCACCAAAACCCUCUCGCUGCCUGCAGCCAGCGAGCUUUCGCGAGCGGGGCUGGGGCUCCCUGCAGAAGCUACCUUCCUCCCGCCACCAGGACCGAAGAGCAGCCGCGUCUCUCCGCCCGAUCCCUCCCGCAGCAGCGGCGGCGUCGCAGCCUGGGCACCGAUUUCUGUGGAGAGGGGGGGCGCAACGCUGCGAUGGAGGUGUCAACCUGUGGGCUGCUGCUGCUGCUGCUGCGACCCCUCUCCUAAAACGCUUGCCCGUUUGCCCCAAGACGCUCUGCGGGUGCCGCGGCGGGGGGGGGUGCUCGGGUGCGCGCGUGUGUGCGCGGUGGAGAAGGCGAGGCGAAGGCGCACGGGGCGCGCGAGGGAAGAAGAGCGAGCCAGCCUUUCCCCGGCCAGGUUGGGAGGCGACGGGAAGGUGGCGGCGAGCAGAGGGGAGGCGGGAAGUCCCCGCGCCCUUCCCGGCUUCGCGCAGCAGCAAGCGCGCAAGAGAUGCCCCAGCCGCCGCCAGCUGGCACCUGCGCUGAAAGGAUUAAUUGAGUUGCUUUGAACCGCGGAGGGGAAGCGGCCGGCUCUGGGGACCGAGCAAGGGAAGCCGUCGGAGGGAAGUUGGACAGCGAGGCAGCCUCCUUUGCACCCUCCCUCCUUCGCAGCCCCAGCCUUCCCCUCUUUUUUUACAGGGUCGUGCCAAGCGAACCCAGCGAGCGGCAUCUGCAGGAGCUUCGUGCCCACAGGGCAGCAUCAGCGCUGAGAGGACCGGCUUGUCUCCCGCAUUGCUCUCCCUGCUGAACCGAAGCAGCAGCAGCGAAAAAACAAGCUCAUCAGAGCAGGGGGAGCGAUUGCGCAAUUCUGCCCAGAUUGUCUUCCCUCCCCUUCCUCUCAGCUCCCCCCCCCCCACUCCACCCCAACCCCCAAUGCUGCUCAACUCCCGAGGAAACAGAAAGCUGAUUCAUGGAGCCCAGACCCAGCUUCCUCUGUGCUGCUCUCCUUUUGAAGAUCAGGAUGCUUACUCCUGCUGCUUGAGACUUUGCGUUAACCCCCUUGCUCUCCCCUCCCCCAAGCCGAGGGGAGCGAGGGGGAGGGAAAAGGCUCCCUGCGAUCUCUAGCCUUUUCUCUGUUUUGGAAGUGUGGUUACUGGCUGGCUCAAACCUGGGAAACAUUGAUGCAUCGCUCUGGAAAUUCAUUGUGUGACUUUCUGGGUAUUUGCUGAGUUCCAACCCGAGAUGCAGCUCUUGAAAGCUUUAUGGGCAAUAGCAGGAGCAGCUAUCUGCUGUUUUCUUAUAUUUGUCAUCCACUCCCAGUUCCUUAAAGAAGGUCAAUUGGCUGCAGGUACAUGUGAAAUUGUUACGCUGGACAGAGAUAGCAGUCAGCCCCGAAGAACUAUAGCCCGACAAACAGCUCGUUGUGCAUGUAAAAAAGGACAGAUUGCCGGUACAACGAGAGCAAGGCCAGCCUGCGUCGAUGCACGCAUUAUAAAAACAAAACAGUGGUGUGAAAUGCUUCCAUGUUUAGAAGGAGAAGGCUGUGAUUUGCUAAUCAAUAAAUCAGGCUGGACCUGUACACAACCAGGUGGGAGAAUAAAGACAACUACGCGUAACUAUGAUGACAAAAACUUCUCUGAAUAUAAUUGCAUUUGGAGGUGUUCACUGUCUGAAGAGGUGUCUGGUCCAAGUCUGAAUUAAAGAUAAAGAAUCCUAAGAAGGGAGAGCAGGAGGGGCCUUGAAGCUACUCAUCAACAGUUAGCACCCGGACAGCAGACUGAACAGAAACACAGUCUUCGCUACUAUGGUCUCCUGACAAAUGCAGCAACAGAGAAGCCUUGUAGGAGUUUUUAAGCUCUGCGUGGGCUACAUUCCCUAGUCAAGUUUCACGGCUGUGGAUCAUCCAUUAUAUGUCAUCAACUCAACUGUCUGUUUCUCUGUAUUUCAUCAAAGACAGCAUAAUUCUACGUUAUGAGCUAAAGUCUGUUCUACCAUACUAAAGAGCACUGGACUAAGGAAGAGAGAGAGAUAAAUGCUUGGGCAUUAGCAAUACGAAAACAAAACAAAACACCAGUUCACAGUUAACAUCUCAUCUGCGUUUUGCGCCACUGCUGGACUUGAUCUGUGGUCAUGUUUCAAUGGGACGAGUCAACUACACUGGAGAGUAUUCAUCCCAAUCAGCCUUAGAGAAGACUGUUUUGUCUACGGGAGGACACUAAGGUGCAGAAGGCAAUUUCUUCUUGUGCCCUAGACUGCCUAAUUGCUUUUAUUUUCUUAUGUUUCAGUAUAUACAAUAGACCAAAGAGCAAAAUCUAUUUUAAAGUGGACACGAUGUUACUGUUAACAAGGUUAUUUGGGUUCAGUAGUAUGGGGAACACCUUGCACGGAUUCAACUCGCCCAGUGCUGCAAUAUUGCCCUCCAGCCAAAGUCCUUGUGGAACACUGCAGAAAAGGCUGGAACUGCUCUUGGGGAAAGGGACACGGAAAAACACGAGGGAACAAGGAGGGGAAACGGCCGUUCUUCAACAAGGAAACAGAACUUUGAUCAAAAACAACACAAACUGUCUACGCACCACCUUUACUCCUCUGUGCUUAGAUUGACUUCUCGUACUAAAAAAUCAUUUUGAGUUUAACCAGUUCAACAUGCCUCUUCUAUGGUUCCAUUUUUUGAUCGUUAAAAGUUGGAUAAUACAGUAUUUGCAAAGAGCAUGUUUGGUCAUCUGUGGCCUAUGUCUCAUCUGAUACACCAUUUAGCACCAGAAAGCGAAAUCCAAGGGGCGGGGUGGGGUGGGGGAGUAACACUUGUUUGAAAGAGAUCAUUAAAUGUAUUUUGAAAAGCCUAAAGUUAUAUAUUUAACAGUUUUUAUAUGUUGUAUAUUUGUAGAAAAUCCUAUUUAACAAUUAACGUGGUAACUCUGACGGUCAUGACAAAAAAGGAAAAAAAAUAUGGAUCAGAGUUGAGUUGUUGUUUUAUUACUUCAGUUGUCUCUGAAGUGACUGGUGUAGUUUGCUUUCUUCCAUUGGGACAUUCUGGAUGUAAAGCAUGACCAGAGAGGACUCUGUAGAAAAAGCAAAGAAUAAUGUUGUUUAUAUUACAUAAAUGCAUUCAACCAUUGCACUGUUAGAAGGCUUUCUCUCUCUUUCUCCCCCCCCCCCUUUCAUUUUCUCCCUUUUUCCUUUGAGGGGGGUGGUCUUUUGUAUACCAGUCAAAAACAGUGUACAAUAUUUUAAUCAUUUACUUCCCAUACUGAGUUAAGUUCUUUUCUCUCUCUCUUCUCUCCCCCUCCUUUCCAAUUUGGUAUAAGGGUCAGCUUGCUCCUUGACGAGAUAUAGGUGGUCUGUUUGUUUUAUCUCAUACUUUAGAAAGUCCCCUUGUCCAAUAUUAUGUAGGGCAGUGAAGAGUGCUAUUUAAGAAACGAGAGAAGGAAAGAAGAUAGAGUCUAGACCAAUAACCUCCAAACAUGGUACCUUUUUGUCUACUACAAGUAUUGCUCACAGUGAUAUGACGAGGUCAACAAAUGAGCUUUCCUCCUUCCCCCCCCCAAAUAUUUGCCGAUAUUAAACUUUCCCCCUAAGUGUCCACUGUAGUAUACUACCUAAAUACUCCAAUUAACUUUUAGUGUUAUGCUAGUUCUAUGCUACUAAAGAAAAAAAAUAUAUAGGGAUUGUUCAAGCAACCAUAGAUGAGAGGUAUGAAAAAGAAGUUCGUUUAUUUAAGACCUCUUCCAAUUUUCAGGAUUAUUUUAAUGCACAGGUUGAAGAAACCAUGAAUUGUAGGUGAUAGUGUCUAUGAAUAAAACAUGUACAUGGACGGUCUUAUUUCAUCCUAAGGGUUUUGAUCAGUGUCCAAGUAGCAAUUAAAGCCCAGCCACUUGAAAAGCAUUAUGAACUGACUGCACUAUAAAUGACCAAUGUCUGAUUCAAAGUGUCAUGCAAUAAAUGAUCGCAGAUACUUCACCUGUAUUACAAGAACUGGAGAGCCAGAUCCCCCACUCCGCUGAUUUUCUCUUCUGUUAUGGUUUCAUUUUUUUUAUUUUUCAAGGGAGUGUAGCAGCCUUAUUUAGUAAAUACUGAACAAAAAAUUAAAAUGUUUCAACAUUUUUGUUGCUUUACAGUAUUCAGUUUUGUGUUGGUUCAGCUAAAUUAUGAAAAAAAUAAAGAAAACCCUUUUAUAA